CUAAAUUCCCUAGGGGACAAAUAUCAAAAUCAGAAUAUUAGAUACAUGUCUCUUUUCUGCAGGUUGCUGAGAGAUCCGUUGCCUUGGCUCUCCCUGUAAAAUGCGGGGUGACUCAAGCAUGCAGGAGACAUAGAUGUUCUCGUUAAAAGGAGAGACUGACGCGCCUAUUCCCGCGACAUCAUCAUCCUACACUAGUGGGGCUCCACGGUGUGCGAUGUGAUGCUCAGUGCUGCACAGUAGCAGCUACAGGAGUUGUGCUUGUCCCUGCCACAGGAGCACAGGAGGAGGACAGGAGGACCGGAGGACCGGAGCAGCGACCAGCAAGGCUAUUACCGAGCACCGGACACCGAGCGAUGGCAUUUAUGGAUCGAUCAACGGGAGCGCGUUGAGGCUCUGAGUGAUGCAGUCUCUGUUCGGAGGAGGGGAGCUGGGGCUGCUGGGAGGAGGCGGCGACGCAGGAGGCCUGAAGGAGGAUGGCUGUGGCAGUGUGGUGUGGCACUCCACGCAACUGCCCCCCGACGAUGUCUACUCGGCCUCCCACUUUGCCCUUAUCACAGCCUAUCAGGACAUCAAGACGAGGCUGUCCUGCCUGGAGCGCGAGAACACCAGUAUCAAGAGGAAGCUCAAGAUCUAUGAGAUCAAGUUCCCUAUGAUUAACGAGUUUAGGGAAGACACCAACUCCUACUGCUCUUUUGAGAGCAAAGAGACGGCGCUGCUGCACUCAGAAAAUGGCAACCUGCAGCAGAGGGUCAACGUCCUGACCCACGAGCUCCAGAAGAGGAAGGAGAGAGAGGAGCAACUGGAGGACGUGAUCCAGGCCUACGAGAAGAUUCACAUGGAGAAGAGCAACCUCCAGAGGGAUCUCGACAAAAUGAGCAGUCUGGUGGAGAAGCACGUGGAGCGGAUCCUGGGCCUGGAGUCAGCUCUGAGGCAGAGGGAAAACUCCCUGCAGAAACUCAACAUGCAGCUGCACAGCAAAGACAUGCAGUAUCUGCAGCUGCACGCCAGCUCCGACCAACACAUGCUGGAUUGUCCAGCUUUGACCCUUCAGAGCUCCCGCAGCCUGGACACCCUGUCCGACCUGAAGCUGCAGCGGCUGGAGGCCGAGCUGGAGGGGGCGCGGCACGAGGCCCAUGGGGCAUGUCAGAGGGAAGAGGAGCUGAAGGGGGAGUGCGAGAGAAUGAAGGAGGAGAUGAGGAUGCUCCAGAACAGCCAGAGGGACAGGGAAAUGACUUCUCCGUGCAAGCAGUGUGAUGUGGAGUGGAUAAAGAAGGUGGGAGAUGAGCAGGUGAACUUGGCUCUGGCCUACACAGAGUUAACAGAGGAGCUGGGACGCCUCCAAGCGCUGAGCUCCAAGCAGACGGAGAUCCUGAGGAAAGCAUCACAUGAGCAGGCUAGUCCAGUCCAGCGGCACUCUCCAAUCCACCACCAGCGCCACUCUCCAGUAUCUCAGCGCCACUCGCCCAUCUCCCAGCGCCACUCUCCGGUCCCACCUCCGCCACAUCACUCCCCAAUCCAACAGAGGCGCUCACCGGUGCGCCUCUCUCCAGACAUGCACCGCCGUUCACCCCUACUGGACGUCAAUGGCGGUCCCGCCUCUUACUCCUGCCGGCCACCCAGCCAGCACCUGAGGGCCAGCUUCCAGGGCCGUCGCAGCUACUCCGAGGUUGCUGAUCCUUCCGCUUACCAGUGCCCACCCCGCUUCUCCCUGGACCCUGUCGCCACCUUGCCUAAGCCUCGGCCCUACAUUGACGGCUACACAAAACAGCAGCAACAACAUGUGGGCUCUCCUCACGGUGGACUGCAGCACAGAGGCUCCCCUUCUCCCCAUCAAGGUGGUGCAGGAGGAGACGGGGGCCUCGGGGAGAGCUCCAUGCGCCACUCAAGAGAGAUGCCAUUUCCUCUGUCUGACGUGGCCCACCUGCAUUUUGAGCCCCCUUCUCCUUCCACACCGGCCCCCCAGCCCCCACAGUCCUCUGAAGAUGAGGAGGAGUGGACCUGCCCGCAUCCCAUCAGCCCACCACGGACGCUGGGCGUGCUCUCUUCGGCAGUGCCCAGCGGCGUCAUGAGAGGCCCAGCAUCCUGCUCAGUCUUCCCCAUCCCUCAGAGGUCUAACAACCUCAGCUGCCACCCGCAGCCGGGGUACAUGUCAGCCGAGCACGCUCAGUCCUGGCCUUCAAUCAAUCUCUGGAUGGAGACGGAGGAGAGCGACAUGCGGAGCUGCCCUCUCUGCCAGCUGAUAUUCCCCAUCGGUUACCCCGACGAUGCCCUGAUCAAGCACAUUGACUCCCACCUGGAGAACAGCAAGAUCUAAUUGCCAUGGAAACCAGCCCGCACACAUCUGCGCUCUCCUCUUUUAGAUUAGGUAACAAGAUUGGCAGAAGGUGCCAUCAGAAAGUCGAUUGUAGAAUCACCAGUUAGCUGUGUGCGAUUAUCAAUAGAAAGGGAUGCAAAAUGGAUGCAGGGCCUGGUAUAUAUGGAAAGUACUUAAACAAGGUCUCUCUUGGACUUCUGAGUCCUUCACCGAUCGCCCUUCAGACAGCUCUGUCUGCAUAAUCACUGGCUCUGGUUGCUGCUGUUUUGUUAUGAGUCUUGUUGUGUGGUUUCAGACAGUUUCAGGUAUUGUGUUGUUUUUCGCUUCACAGUGUAGUACACUUAGUUAUACGCCAAAGACGAGGUACGAGCGGCACGCUAGCAGGUUCAGAGGGCUCUGCAUGUCAAAAAGUUGGUUUCAGUGUUCAUGGGUAAACGAUCAGGGAAAUCAGAGGCGUCCUGACAGACCAUUCUCACCACUUAGCUUUAAAUACUGUACGCUUGGACAUUUUCUAUCUCUCAAACAAAACUACAGAAACACAAUGUACACUAUAUUGCAGGGGAUUUUGUGGAGUAAGAGUCAAGGACAGCCAUCUGGUAGAAGCUGGCUCAUUAAAAUGAUCUGACAGAAUUGUUGCAUGAGUGGAGAGUUGAAGUUUUUGAUGCUGAAGUGAGGAAAGAACAACACUGUGAAGGAAUUCUGCAUGGCCAUCAGGGUUUGAUGCCAGUUCACUUUCACUUCUCGAAAACAAGGUUUUCAUGGCAGUUAAGAACAAAUAAAAACAUUCCAGUCUCACAUUUCAUUUACUGAAAAAUCAAGCUGAAGAAUAUGAAUGUGAAAGUGAGUUUGGAUCAGUCCGAUGGCGGCUUUAUGAUGAUGCCCUGCAGGGCGGGGCGGUGGUGUUGAUGCGUCUUCUCUACGAGUGAAGGGAAAGUUUUAGUCAGAAUAUUCCUUUUUGCUUGCGGCUUGUUCAAAAAUCUAAGUAUCUUAGCACUUUAAGUUGGCGAAGCCUAUACAAUGUAUCCGUUUUCAGUCCCCACAUAUAUUUUCGAUGGAUAAUUUCUUAUUUAUAUUCUCAAUCUGUAAGGCAAAAAAAUAUGAAGAUAUAUUUUUGCAAAUGUUAUGCACCACGUCUCAUGUUGGUGUUUUUCCCUUGUGCUUGCACACUGCUGUAUAUUAGAGGAGUCGGAGGUCAAAAUCCCACCGCAUGGGAUAUCUUUUCUGUACAAAUUAUUAACUGGGAUUCUCCUCGGCCUCCAUCAAGAUCUGACCUUCAAACUGUUUGAUGUCACAACUUCCCAGACCAAGCAACAAAGAAAUCAAAAAAAAAAGAAGAAAAAAAGAAGACUCAGCUGGCUGCAUGAUAUCAAGACUUCUGACCUGCUUUGAGGAAAAAAAAGGCAGAAUUUCUAACUGUACUAUAUUUCUGUCUCGAAGAUCUGAUACAAAAAUACUUCAUCUCCAAACAGCAAAAUUAUUUCUGCAGGGUUUCAACAAUGACAAUACUCUUCUUUUGAUACAUGGGUUUCAUUUUUAUCACAAGUGGAAUCUUAACUUGAAAUCCGCUUGUGGGACUUGAACUUUUUUUUGAAAAAGAGAAAAGAAAAAAAACAACAAACCUAUACUGAUGUCAGCUAAUCUGAGGCUUUCAGUUCCAUGUGCAGUUUCUAAUGUAGGGGAUGUCCCUACACACCCACCCAUGCAUUUGAACUGGAAGUUACUGAGGAGAUGAAAUGUGGUAGAUCAGAGCACAUAGGGCAAUGAUUGUGGCAGCAGGAUGUUGUAGGACAUGUUAGGUUUCAUGCCCGAGUACUUUUGAGCAACACAUUGAAUCCCUACAAGCUCUGGAUGCUCUGCUCCAGGCUAUGACCUCUUAUAAAAAGGUAAAGAGAGUUUUCCAAACGGGGGUCAAGGCAUAUCAGAUAAAAGGAUAACUGGUGUAUUACCUGUUGGACACUGGUUCUGUUGGUUAUGAUAAGAUUGUACUUACCUUGUUGAUUGCUGAGAUCUGGGACAGCACAGACAUAGCUAUUUGUACUUUGCUUUACAUUUUGUCCAAUGAAAAGGUUUCGAACACGAAAAUUAAAUUGCUCCAAGCGGUUAGCAUACAUGUUAGCUCAUUAGCUCAUCUCGGUCACUAACUGGACAAUAGGUUCACACAGUUUAUUUAAAAGAAGUAUUUGUACCAUCGACUCCUGUCUCAAAUGUCAGAAAAAACAUUUUUUUCCUUUGUAGAGCAGUUUUUACUUCGACAGGCAGGUUAAAUGAAAGUGAAUGGUGCAACACAGCCAAUAAGCCACGAUAGCGUUCUCCAUUUUGAAAUCUCAUGCUUUUUGUUCCCUCAGAAAAGGUCAACACUGUCCAAACGGCUUUGUGUCUGCCAAUGUUAGAAAUUUGUGGGUCAAAUUUCACCCAAGUUGAAUUGUAAUCGUUCAUUUUAAAUCCUGGUGCGAGCAGGCCUGUAGACAGAGUCAUUUUAGGAAUUUUAGAGGCCUUAGGAAAAGAAUGUUUUCUGCAGCGUAUUACAGCAGAGGCGCUUUGCGUCGCCUGGAACAGAGACCAACGUCACAAGAAAUGAUUGUACUUUGAAACAUAAAACAAGCAGAGGUAUUUAAGGAGUGAGCCCAGUAACUGAAUUCCUCAAGAUGAGAUGCAUCAGAAUUUGUUGGAUUCAGCUCAGCAGGUAACAUUAAUUGAUUGAUCCAUUGUACUUUUAAGAAAAAGCAUGUUGCAAUGUUGGGAAUUAAAAAAACAAACAAAAAACAUACUUUUUACAAAAUGGGAAAUGCACCUAGCACCUCCACUAACCACGUCCUGGGGAAACCCAGAAAACUGUUCAGAAUUACACAAGAAAGGUGGUGUGUGGUAUGUGUUUUUUUGUCCCAUCAGACUUGUUAUUAGCUCAGCAAAUUCACUUGGUGAUUAUUGUAACUGACAGAACCAAACUGAAAUGAACUGGAAUGCUUCUUAAGAGAACUACAUCCUGAGGUGUACAACAAACACGUCAAGGUAGUACGGAGACCAUCAAAUCGAAGCAGGCUUCAAUGACGCCCAAUUAUUCUACACUGUAUGUAUGUUCCUAUAUCAGUCUGUGUAAAAAGAAAUAUUUAAAGUUGUGUACAGACAGGUUUUUUGCAAGUGUGUAAGGCUAAUGCAACGUGUACUCUAUUAUUCGACAACUUCAAAUUGGAGUGUCUGUAAAUUAGUAUAUAUAAAUAGUCCUAGCCACCCCCAUGUGACUUAUGAAUUAUAUGCGAGUUAUAUACAAGUACCCCCCUACACCUUUCCUCUUUUACUCACUAUGUAGUGAUACUGUACGUCCUCUAGUCAGCUAAUCUCCAACUACAGCCUGCAGCUAAAAAUCGGUUUUCAGCUGUAGGAUGUGUAACAAUGUGCACGUUCAGGCUUUGUUACAUCCAAUGAUCUGGGCUACAAAUACACUAUAGGUUUAAGGAAAAAACAAAACUUAACAUUUGUCUGAAGGUUUUAGUUAUUAAGAAAUAAUAGGUGUCCAAGGCAUGUUUUUCUAGUUAGAUUUAUCAUGCAGCAUAGAAAGAAAGAAGCACAACGAAUGUAAUGUUGCAUCAUAAACCACAAGUAGUUCAACUGCAUUUGGAAACUUUAAGUCAAGUUAUAACUAUGUAAUUGGAAGUCAGACCGCAGCUUUUUACUCCCUUCUUUUUAACAGCAGGUAAUGUUAAAGGGCAGUGGUUAAAGAUUUCACAAACAAUAUGUACGUUUGUACACCCUGAUCAGAGGACCUACGUUGAGUCAUAACCAAAGACAACUAAUUAUUUCCUGUCAGUGUGUAGACGCUACACUGUGGUCAGUGGUGCUGGGAUGUUCACGAACCACAACCUGUUGGCCAGCAGCAGCAACGCAGAGAGAUCACGUCCUGUACAAAGCUCACAAUAUGAGGCACACUGAUGUUUAUACUGCAACACAUACAGAAGGUGGGCUGAGGUCCGUCUCAUAAAACAUAGACAUAAACAUUAGAAUCGCCCGUUCAGGUUCAAGACUUAGCUUUUUGUGGCCAUCGACAGUCAAGAUCUCAUCUGUUUUUCUUCUUUUUUUGGUAUUCUAACAGCAACCUGUCUCCUUGGUUUUACUCAGGAGAUUAACAGAGAGCCAAAGCCAGCAGAUAUUUCGGAUUAAAAUGUAUUUAUAAUGAAAUUUCACUCCAAACUUCCCUCAGAUUUACUCAGGUGGCAAACGGCUAGAUCCAACAAAGAUUAAGAGAUUUAAAGAGAAAGCCUGGUUCCUUUCUUCUAUAGCUCCUCUCUCCUAUAAGUAACUAUGCGAGUCAAGUUGUUCUCCUGGGUAACACUAAGCGCACAUGGAGACCUCAACACUAAUGAACUCUCCGCACCAGUAAUGAGAAGUAAUGUGUACUCCACUCCAUUUGUGUGGUGGAACAACACCGCCGGCAUUCAAGGACUUUUUUGAGUCUGAUGAACAGAACGUGAGCAGCAACAGAGGUAUAUAAAGGGUCUCUUUUUCUUUCUCUCUCUCUCUGUAAAUAAUCUAACAAAUAAACUGGAACAUGCACUGAA